UUGCCAAUCAGAGCAGUUCCUCGAAAGACCCCUCCCCUCCUCAGACGGAUAUAUACAAGCCCUCUGCCCCAUAUUAAUGUCACUUUAGCUCCUCAAAGGUUUGGCAGUCAGGGGUCCACACAGCUGCAGGAUCAUGGCACCAUCAGCGAAGAAGGGAGUCUUGGAGCGUCUUGAUGCUGGGGAGAUCGUGAUUGGAGAUGGAGGCUUUGUGUUUGCACUGGAGAAGAGGGGUUAUGUGAAGGCUGGUCCCUGGACCCCUGAGGCUGCUGCAGAGCACCCUGAAGCCGUGCGCCAGCUGCACAGGGAGUUCCUCAGGGCUGGGGCCAAUGUUAUGCAGACCUUCACUUUUUAUGCCAGUGAUGACAAACUGGAGAACAGAGGCAACAAGCUGACCUUCACAGGAGCCCAGAUCAAUGAGGCCGCAUGCGAUCUGGCCCGCGAGGUAGCCAACGAGGGCGACGGUCUGGUUGCUGGUGGGGUAUCUCAGACUCCCUCCUACCUGAGCUGUAAGAGUGAGAUAGAUGUCAAGGCCAUCUUCAAGAAACAGCUGGAUGUGUUCAUCAAGAAAAAUGUGGACUUCCUGAUUGCUGAGUACUUUGAGCAUGUUGAGGAGGCAGAGUGGGCUGUUCAGGUGCUGAAGGAGACAGGGAAGCCUGUUGCAGCCUCUCUGUGCAUUGGACCACAGGGAGACCUGCAUGGAGUCUCACCUGGAGAGUGUGCCGUCAGGCUGGUUAAGGCUGGUGCCCAGAUCGUGGGAAUCAACUGCCACUUUGACCCCAUGACCUGUGUGAAGACUGUUAAGAUGAUGAAGGAUGGAGUGGAGAAAGCUGGGCUGAAGGCACACUACAUGGUGCAGCCUCUGGCAUACCACACCCCUGACUGCGGCUGCCAGGGAUUCAUCGAUCUGCCAGAAUUCCCAUUUGCCCUGGAGCCCAGGAUCCUUUCCCGCUGGGACAUGCACAAGUAUGCCAGAGAGGCCUAUAAUGCCGGCAUCCGCUUCAUCGGUGGCUGCUGUGGGUUUGAGCCUUACCAUAUCAGGGCUGUGGCAGAGGAGCUGGCCCCUGAGAGAGGCUUCCUGCCAGCGGCUUCAGAGAAACAUGGCAACUGGGGUGCUGGUCUGGAGAUGCACACCAAGCCCUGGGUCAGAGCCAGGGCCCGUCGUGACUACUGGGAGAACUUGAAGCCAGCAUCUGGUCGUCCACUGUGUCCCUCCAUGUCAGCUCCAGACAGCUGGGGCGUCACCAAGGGCCACACUGAACUCAUGCAGCAGAAAGAGGCCACCACCCAGGACCAACUCAAGGUGCUCUUUGAUAAGUCAAAGAGCCACUGAGCCAGCCUGUCUGCUUCUGAGCUGAGUAACAACCCUGCCACGGAGCUGCCGAUGCUGCACACCAGUGACAAGCGUCUGUACGGAGUGCUGCACCCUCUAAACACCCAUAAGAAGUGAAUCAGCAUUUCCUCCCUGCCCACACACCUGCUCCUCACACCAGGGGCCCAUCCUGACUUGAGAUUUGCAUCUUUGUGUACAUCAACAGACUGUUAAACUAUGGCUUUUUGUGAAGUCACCCACAGUUCCAUAUGCUGUUGUAUCUCGAGUUAGGAGUCGGCCCAUGUUGGGUGGGACCUUUCCUUGCUUCUGGACCAGUUUGUUUAAUAAAAUAAGAUUGAGCAAAACUUA